GCCCCGCGCGCCCCUGCGCUCCCCGCGCCGCUCCUCGGGGUCCCGCGGCGCUCGCAGGCCGCGCCGCCCCUCCGCCACUCUCCCGCCGCCUCCGCGGCCCGCCCGCCUCUCUGCAGCCCAGGGGUGCCUGGGGCGGCCCCGCAAGCGGGAGAGGGCGGCGAGGUGGCGGCGCCGAGUGCGGGGGGAUGCGGAGCUUUGCCUGGCCCUGCCGCAUCCCUCGGCCGCCCGCCCGCGCCUGGCCCCGCCCGGCCCUGCCGGGGCUGCACGCACUUCUCCCUAGGCCCAGAAUCCACUUGACCCUGCUGGGCGCUCCCGUGGGCGGCGGACCCGGGUGGGUGCAGGGGAAUUCCCUGGCCGCCCACGCGCGGGGAGAGAGCUGUGCGGCCCGCAGCAGCAGCGUCCCAAACAAACCGUUUAAGGUCUCUGGAGCCCGCAAGUUCAGCGAAAUAAAGGGGCGGCGCGGAGGAGACCUCUUCCACCCGGACCUGCUCUCCUCUGCGGUUUGGCCUCCAGUGGGGAUCCCACCCAACCUCCAGCUGGCCAGCCCUGGAAACCAACCUCCUUUCUUUUUAUUUCUUACGGGGAAGGGAGACAGACUGGCCUCCGGGUGUCUACUGCAAACUUGCCGCCAGUCUCCGGUCUGGAGAGGCAGGUGAUCAGCCAGAAGGGUGAUAGAGUCUCAUCGUGGCUCCUAAAGAGUAAUAAUAACCUCUCUCACUGUAAAGACAGCUCUUCCGCGGGCUUACUUUCUGAGACAUGCUGAGAAGCGCAUGUCUCGGUCAGGGCCAUACCUCUGCUGCUCCACAGCUGGCCUAGAACCGGAAGCCCCUCCAAGGCCCCCUGACUCUCCUGACCUCUUGGCCGAAGCUCCGGAUUCUCACCAGGGAUUCCUCAGCAUUCCUAGAGAGCAGCACAGCGCCUGCAGUUAUGCCUCACCACGCACACCAAACCUCGCACUCCCAGCCAAGAGGGAGUCCCUUCCAGCACUCUCCCCUUUGUUCCUUUUUGGACAAGAACCGCUGACUGGGGCUGCCAGAAAUGGAAACCCUUGGGUGCAAGUGAUGGGAUCCCUCCAACGUCAAACCGAAGAGUCACCCUCUCGCCUCACCCACCUCCGAAAGAGGAUUAACAAACUCAGUUCGGGACACAGAUAGAAGACCAAAAGGCCAGUGAGACUUCUUUCCUAUUUGAGACUAGAUUUCAGAAUGCUCAGCCUGGCCCCCCUUUUCCCCCAGCUCUGAAUCAGUCCUUUCUGCACUAGCAUCUAUAACUAAUGUGCAAAAUGUAAAACUCUAAAUUAAGGCAGAGUCGGCAUCAACAUAGUCUGGGAAAAUGGAAUUGUUAUUUUACAAGCUGAUAACUCCCAGCCCUUAAAACUCCCCUUCAUUAGCUGAAGGUAGCAAGAAGGUUAGGAAAGAACAUAGAGAAUACGAAUGUAGGAAAAAAUACAGGUGUGAAGGGCUGGCUGCCCAAAUCCCAAUGCACACUGUAUUUGGAGAAAAGGAAAAAAAAUCUGUCUUCCUAAUAUCUCCUUAGCAUAAAGCCUUAUUGGAAAUGUUUGCUUUGGCGAAAGUGAGAUCGAGACAUUUAGACAGCAUUCCCAGGAACAAAGGCUGGGGGUGGAGGCUGGAGGAGGGAGCAGGAACAGCCCCUGUCUGGAAGAACUGCAAGUUCUGAGGCCUGAACAAGAAAUGUGUCCUGUUCCCGUGCUCCUGGCUGCAGCUGGGAAGCUUCUUCUGAAAGGAGACCUCCCUGCCCUCACCGGGAUCUGGCUUUCCUUCCCUUCCCACCACAUCUGUUUAUACAAAGGAGGGCCGCUGAAGGACAAACAUAACCGUGUUUACUGCGAGUCCCAUGCUGGGCUUGGAGCUCAGAUACAGAUUUGCCCUCACCAUGGAGGCUGAAGAUAAAUAGAUGAUCCCAGAAAUGGAAAGAGGGAAGGCCCUGGGAUAGUAUAGAGCUGGUUGAGGGGUUUACUCAUGAAAGGCUCUCCCAAAAACCAUGUAGUAAUAGGAAAAUUUGCAUUUUAAACUCUCAUGUCUUGUGUUAAUAUAUGAGAGUGCGUGCACCUAAAGCAAUUGCAAGGCGAGUAUUUAAAAAUAUGUCUUCAGGAAUAGCCAUGAUUUUCUGUUUGGUGCCUCUAACAUGAGGAUAGUUGGAUUGAUUGUUUCGUGUUACGUUUUCGUGUAAUAGUGUCUUGGAGAAUGAGGGCUUUUGAGGAAACCCAAAUAGUUGCAGAUACUGUUUUUACUAAGCUGUCGUGGAGAGAAAUCCAAAUUAAUAGUUUUUACAAGUAAAAUGUAGAACAGUUAAUGAGAGCCUUUGUGGGAGAUCUUUAUUAUUUAUCUGGUUUAUGAAGAUGUUCCUAUUAUCCUCCAGCCUCUGGGUAUGCAAACUAAAAUGAGCACUUAAUCUAGUUGUCAAAAUUUUAACUCCUUAAUACAAAGCAAAAAAAGGGUUUGGACUUUUGGGGAUUAGAAUGUCAGAAGUAAAAGGGCAGUUUUUUUAUAUAAAAGAGGAGACUAUCUAAAAAUAAAAAUUUUAGAAUGA